GUGGCCGGCCGCACGGAAGUGGUUUCGUUUCAGUAGCUAGCUAGAGGCUAGUACUAUAUGAGAAAUGAGGGCUGGUGCAUAUUUAAAAAUACUUUAGGCCACUUAAAUGUGUUGUGUGUUGCAUCAAGAAGGUUUUAUAUUCCUAAAUAUAAUUUGUAUAUUAUCUGAACUGAACGAACGAUAGCUAGCUAGCUUGUUAGCUAGCUUAAUUAAUCAAGCAGCCAUGCCGUCUUACUCUGAACUGAGGAAAACCAACUAUUUCUACUACUUCAUCAAAUUCACCCUAAACGUCUACUCAAUGCUCUUCUCGUUGAUGGGUCUUUGUGUUCUGUGUGUGGGAGUGUAUGCGGAAGUGGAAAGGCAGAAGAAUCGAACCCUGGAGGGUCUUUUCCUGGCUCCUGCUGUGGUGCUUAUCCUGCUGGGCCUGGUAAUGUUCACAGUGUCUGUAGUGGGAAUGGUCGGGUCCCUCAGGGACAACAAGACCCUGCUGCACAUGUUCCUCUGUGUCCUGUGUGUAUUAUUGCUCCUCCAGACCAUUGGUCUCACCAUGGCUCUCAUCUUUAAAAACAAGACGUCUGCCUUGUUUCAGAGCAGUAUACGAGAAGGAAUAAAACACUACUAUGAUGAUCUCGACUUCAAAAACAUCUUGGACUAUGUACAACAAAAGUUUUCAUGUUGCGGCGGGGAUGACUAUAAGGACUGGGGAGUCAACCAGUACCAUUUCUGCAAUGGUACUGGUCCACUAGCCUGUGGGGUUCCAUAUACCUGUUGUGUUCGACGCAAGGUGGGGGAGGUUAUCAACACUCUUUGUGGCUACAAUACUCUGAAUGAACAGCGUGAAACCCUGCAGGUGAUCCAUGUGCGAGGCUGCAUCCAUGCAGUCGACCUAUGGAUGAGUGACAACAUUGGAAUAACCAUUGCACUCUGCUGUGCCAUUGGGCUGCCACAGCUGCUGGGCAUCAUCUUGAGCUGCGUCUUCUGGAACCUGCUGGUGGACAUGAGCGAGUCGGCCGACAUGGUGGACUUCAAGCUGAAAAAGUCUGAGUUUCAGUACAGCGAACUAGACCUGGCCGGCGCCGGUUGGUGCAUGUGCCUGCCGAGGGACGGCGGUUACCUGCCCGUGCCUGCCGCUGAGCCUGAACUGGACCCCAUUGACGUUCACCUGGAGAAGCUGAAGAAGCAGCCGCCUCGCACUCACGCCCAGCUCCGAGAGCUGCAGCAGUCCAGGUCAGCCAGCGGGCUGGACGAGGUAGAUGCUGGUCGCAAGCAGAAAAGGGAACACUGAAUGGUCUUUUUUUUUUUUUUUUAUUUUGCUCUCGCCUUUUGUGUUUUUGCCUUUAAUGCUUUUUUUCUGUCAUUGUAACAGUUGCAUUGGUUGAAGUUGUGUUGCACUACUCCAUGGAUGAACGUAAGUCGCUGGAUCCGGGGAAAUUUAAAACUAAAGGGAUCAGAGAUACUUUAUCACCUUGAAUUUGUUUACAACAAAAUUUAAACAAAGGAAGCAUUGGCUUGUCUUUUUAAAAGAACAUUUCUUUUCUCGUUAAGGAUUUCUUGCAAUGUCAUUUCAUUAUCUUAUUUUGUUUAAUUUUUGGUUGGUUUUUUUGCCUUAAUUGAACUGUGUCUCAUGUGCUGAAGCUUACCUCAGGCUAUUCUGAAAAUAGCCCAGUAGUCAGAGGACACUACUUUUUGGUUGUAUAAAUUAAUGGUAGCUUGAAAAGUUGUUUUUCAUUGUCUGAGAACUAGGACUAGGACAAGUAUGUGUCAUGUGUAGAGUCUGUGACGGGUGUUUACAGUUUGUGUAAAAAAAAAAAAAUAAUAAUAAUUUAAAUAUUAUUUUUAUUUGAUUUGUGCAAUCAUUGUACACUGUAAGACUGAUUGUUGUGAAAUAACAUGGAAUGCAUGUUUUGUACUGUAUAUGAAGUCAUUUUAAAGAAAGAACCCUCUACCUGUACGGCUCUCAUCAGGGGUCAUUUUCAUUUUAAUCUUUUUAUUUAUUUUAUCUUUUAACAAAAACAGCAGCAGGCAUUAUCCAGAUGAAACACCCAGCGAAAGGCAAAUCUGACAGUUUUUUUGUAUGAGUUAAAUAUGGUUUUGAGCUUCCUCCUAGCUUCUGCCUUGUAUCAGCACAACUCUUGUCAAUAAAACUGAAUUUGUCUACUUCUCUUA